AGUUUUAUAGCAACUGUUGCCCAGUGAGGCAGCGCCAUAGUCACCGUAGUCCUGGCGACUGUAACCCACCAACAACAACCUCUCGCUCCAUCAUUACCACCUCCUCCACCAUCCUCAUCUUCAUCAACCAGUCCACAGCUCAGGCGCCAUGCAGACCCCUGAAGCAGGCGCUGACUCCACCUCCACUGUCCCUCUUCAGACCACCGUGCCUGUCCAGCCUACCGGCUCCACCCAGCAGGUGCCUGUCCAGCAACAGGCCCAGACUGUUCAACAGGUUCAGCAUGUUUACCCAGCACAGGUGCAGUAUGUGGAGGAAAACAGUGGUGUCUACACCAAUGGCAACAUAAGAACCUACUCAUACUCAGAGCCGCAGCUGUAUAGCCAGAACAGUGGAGGGAGCUACUUUGACACACAGGGCAGCUCAUCACAAGUGUCCACUGUGGUGACAUCUCACGGCAUGACCAACAACGGAGGAGGGGGCAGUGGAGGAAUGAGCAUGGGUCUGGCAGGGGGUCAGGUAAUCAGCAGCAGUUCUGGGGCUUACCUCAUGGACAACGCUGGACCCCACCCUGCCACCCAGACUGCACGAGCUUCCCCAGCUACUAUUGAAAUGGCGAUUGAGACGCUCCAAAAAUCUGAGGGUUUAUCCAGUCAGAGAAGCUCGCUGCUCAACAGCCAUCUCCAGUGGCUGUUGGACAAUUAUGAGACAGCAGAGGGCGUAAGUCUACCACGAUCCACCCUCUACAAUCAUUAUCUGCGCCACUGCCAGGAGCAGAAACUGGACCCUGUAAAUGCAGCCUCUUUUGGCAAACUCAUCCGCUCCAUCUUCAUGGGACUCCGUACAAGGCGCCUUGGGACACGAGGGAACUCCAAAUAUCAUUACUAUGGUAUACGUGUAAAACCAGAUUCCCCACUCAAUAGACUCCAAGAGGACAUGCAGUAUAUGGCUCUGAGACAGCAACCUGUUCAGCAGAAACAGAGGUUCAAGCCGGUGCAGAAGUUUGAUAGUGGCUCUGGGGAGAAUUACUCAGGUGGAGUCCAGCAUCAUCCUGGUGCGGCAGAGCAGACAGUCAUUGCACAGAGCCAGCACCACCAACAGUUCCUAGAUGCAUCGCGGGCGCUCCCUGACUUUGUAGAGCUGGAUCUGGGACAGAGCAAUACAGAGAACAUCAGUCCAGAGGAUGUAAAAGCUCUCCAGUCCCUUUACAGAGAGCACUGUGAGGCUAUCUUGGAUGUGGUGGUCAACCUCCAGUUCAGUCUAAUUGAAAAACUGUGGCAGACAUUCUGGCGCUACUCUCCCCCUGAUUCAGUAGAGGGUGCCACUGUAACAGAAAACAGCAGCAUUAGUGAGAUCGAAGCGCGGCUCCCCCGAUCACAGCUACUGGUGCUGUGCAGAAACGAGGCUGUACUCAAAUGGAUGAGCACCUGUGACCAUCUAAUGUACCAGGCCCUUGUGGAGAUCCUCAUUCCUGAUGUCCUGAGACCCAUUCCCAGUGCCUUGACUCAAGCCAUUCGCAACUUUGCCAAAAGCCUGGAAGGUUGGCUCAAUAAUGCCAUGAAUGCCAUUCCACAGAGAAUGAUCCAGACCAAGAUUGCCGCUGUUAGUGCCUUUGCGCAAACACUGCGCAGAUACACAUCUCUGAACCACCUGGCUCAGGCGGCACGUGCUGUGUUGCAAAACACGUCGCAGAUCAACCAGAUGCUGAGUGAUCUCAACCGUGUUGACUUUGCCAAUGUACAGGAGCAGGCAUCGUGGGUAUGCCAGUGUGAGGAGGGAGUGGUUCAGCACUUGGAGCAGGACUUCAAGGCCACACUACAGCAGCAAAGCUCUUUGGAGCAAUGGGCAGCCUGGCUGGACAAUGUGGUCACUCAGGUGCUCAAGCCCUACGAGCACCGGCCCAGCUUCCCCAGAGCGGCUCGACAAUUCCUGUUAAAAUGGUCCUUCUACAGUUCAAUGGUCAUCAGGGACCUGACCCUGCGCAGCGCUGCCAGCUUUGGUUCCUUCCACCUGAUUCGUCUGCUGUAUGAUGAGUACAUGUUUUACCUAGUGGAGCAUCGUGUGGCCCAAGCUACUGGAGAGACACCCAUUGGUGUCAUGGGGGAGUUCGACAGCCUCAACACCCUAUCCCUCACCAACAUCGAUAAAGAUGAAACGAGCGGGAUGGACAGUGACUUGGAAGACGACACGGAAGAGUCCGGGGAACCUCUCGCCAAGCGGGAGAAGUCGGAGCAUGAGGUGAUCCAGGUGAUCCAGGUCGGGGCACUAGAGGAUGGGUCUCACCCUGUGGUGGGGGUCGUUCAGCCUGGUGUCCUUCACUCUCUGCCCCAACCCCCGCAGGAUCACACUGAGCACAUCCUCACCCCCUCGGCUGGUACUCCCACCAUCCGCCACUGCAGCACCACAGGCAACACCUACGCCUCCGUUUGAGGGUCCGGGGCGCGGCCCACCGUGGCUGGUGUAUUUCUGCUGUUUCACUCUCCACAUAUCUUUCUCUCUGUAAGUCUAGAUGUUUCCGUCUUUUUCAUGCAUUGUCUCUGUCUGCACUUGUGUGGACAUGCUCUCCUCUCCCUAUCCAGCCUGGUCAGUGGAGGAGCGCUGAAAUGCUGAUACUCAAGAUGUGCUGUCCAUGUCUGACUGCUUAGAUUCUGGAUGUGGUGUCAUCCCAUAAGUCUGUGCUCUCAAUCAUCAAUGAUCACAAUGCGGCAGCUGGUGGAAGGGACCUGGAGGAAAAGGACUAAUUUGACCCGUUAAAUGUUUCCUGGUUAGUCAUGACUUAACAGUAAACCUGUCUGUGUAUACAGACAGGUUUUAAAGUGAAGGAAAAGUAGACUUCUUCAUACUACUGAUGUCUCAGAGCUCAAAUCCACGUCACCAGUCCCAAUGGAGCAAAGUCAUCGAUCUACUCAAGACUUUUGCCUAUUGUACAUAGUUUUGCUGUACUUUCAAUUGGUAUUACCCAAAACUCAUGGUGCUAUCAUUGUGUUUUGAUUUAAUUUCUAGUUAUCCCUCCUAAUUUUAAUAUGAUUUCUGUCAACAUGCAUUCCAAUUGCUGAUUAACUUUUGGCUGAACAAAAUAUUUUUGAGUAUUGUAUGUAGCUAAAAAACAAAGGGAUGACUUUCUAUGUAUGUAUGACAUUUAAAAAAAAAAAAAAAAAGGAUCAUGGGGCAGUUUUGUCUGUUUGGUAGCCACCCACCGAUAACCACUUAUAGCUUUUAGCCACAGAAAAAGAAACCCCUAAAGAAAUAUCACGCUGCUACUCGUGUAUAUAGAGAUUGGGAAGACCGGCUGUACAAAACUACUUCCUCAAUGCUAGCUUUUCUAUGCACUCCGUGCAUAACGCUUGCCUUUGUUCAUUUUAGAUGCUCUGUAGUGGUUUAUGUGACGAGCUGUAAUCUUGAAAACAACGUACUGAACAUGUUUCCCCCGGUUUUGCAGUUUCUUUCUUAAAGAAAUUUCUUAAGUUCACGAAGGACCAAAAACAAACCAACAAGAGGAAGCUGAGAGUGAGCCAUUUGGGCCGCCCGAGAGCUGUUUCCUGUCCCACAGUGCCAUGUUGCAGAGCAGAAGGAAUGUCAGGGAUUAAAUGUACCUCGGCUUUAUCAUAGUGCCUUAUCCUUAAAUGCAGCUGUCCUUGUAGUCCUGACUGUGUGGUGAAGAGAGCCCACAGCCCCUCUGCAUUGUCCCAGCCACAGAUUUGGCUUUCUGGUGACUUGUGGCUGGAUUUGGGCUGGCUCAUCAGUGUUGAGACCAAGGAAUGCAGGCACAGACACACCUGUUGUUUUCUCUGGAUCAGCUCUACUAAGCUUAUUACUUAUCUGAAUCAUGGUCUUUAGCCUUGCCCCUGCCCUAACUCUGCCCUCCUGAGGCCUAUUCUUGCAUUAGCCUUUGUUAUUGGGUGAAGUGUAUGUGUGUGUGAAUGUGUGUGUGUGUGUGUGUGUGUGUGUGUGUGUGUGUGUGUGUGUGUGUGUGUGGGAACAUGGAUGCGUAGGUCUGCACUGUGUUUGUAUAUACGCCUGUGUGUCUGCAUGCUCGUGUGUAUGUGUUGGAACACAUCCAUCAGUCACCCUACCUCAAACCAGUGGUGCCAGCAUUUGACGCGUGCAGAACAGUCACCAAACACUUAUUGCACACACACCACUGUACUGCACAAAUCUCAACGCGAUAGAGAAAAUCUGCAUUGCUUUUCUCUCACCUCUGAUACAUUGUGAUUUCAGUUUUUAGCCCAUAAAAUGCUUCAUCCUUUGUUCCCUGUUUAAAGAUCAUCUUUGUACAGUGGACCAAAAGUAGAUAUUUUCUGAUAUUCAAAGAGAUAUAUAGAUAUAUAUGUAUAGUAUAUAUAAUGAUGAUACACUACAUAUAUUUGUUGCUUUUUAUGUGGUUGAUCUGAUUGUUUAUAUGUGAUUGUUUCUUUUGGUAGCUCCUCUGUAGUUAUUUUAGACUGUGAAAUGGGAAAGGCAUGGGGACUCACUUUUGGUUCAUUAGACUUACAUCUAUACUUGAACUGUUACAGCCUUCUAUGUUGUGGAGAAUAUUGAGAUUAAUCCUCUAAAUAGGAACAUUUUGCUACUAAAAUAAUUUUGGUUCUUGUUUUUCAUGCCUGUUGAAAUGGUCUGCACCAUUUCUCUGCAUAAAUGUUUAUUUAUUGAUAUUUAUUGUGUUUUUGUUUUUGCUUUAGAUGCAUAUGUUACAAUGGGAAGUGAUAAUGAAUCAUGAAUUAUACCACUGCAAAGAGCAGACCUACUGUACAGACGGACUGGAAGGUUUCUUUGUUGUUUUUGUUUUUUUUCUUUGUAAGUCAUGUAUGUAAGUUGAGUAAGGUUUUUAAAGAAGGGUUGGCACUGUAUUUGCUGUAAUCGGUCCUUUAGGUUCUAUCACUAGUCCAAAAAUUCCUUUAGAUACUAGCAGUACACAGGAACAGUGUGCCUGCGUAGAGAACAUGCUUAGCUGUGAAGGAGGGUGGGAAAAUGCAAAUACUGUGUGUCAUUUAGUUUAGAAGUUUCAUUAAUUCUGCAACACUUUGGGGAAUCUGAAAAGUAAAUUCUGGCAAACCCAGAGACACAUUGCUUAUUUAUUAAACCUACGGUACACAUCUCUUACUGUAGCCUUACCCUGAUCCUUCUGGCUUGAGAUGUCUGACUUACCAGAUCGAGGAACUGAGUGCACAAAAAUCUGGCUCUCUUAUUAUAUUCCUUAAGGACAGUUUGAAAAGUCUGUAAGAAAAGGUCAGUGAACGUUAAAGUAGCUGGAAGUUAAAGGUCGGGGGUAUUUUGUUUACAUCAGUCUGUGACCAUAAUGAACUUGCAUGAGAGAUUGCGCCUUGACUCUUGGUAUUUAACUGUCAAAUGCAAGUUGGGAAAGCACAAGAUGAAUGGAUACAAAAACGUAAACCUUAGAUCAUCUCUUAUGCUUUCUGCAGAACUUCACAUAAAUCUGUGUUCACAUUCUAAAUGCGAAAAAUGAACUAACCCAUUCCCAGGAGUUCACUUGACUGACUCCAACAAUCAAUGAAUUUUUGAGAAUGCGGUUGUAAAAAGUGAUGGUGUUCUGUCUGUGACUUAAAAUUUUUUAAAUAUGAUGUAAACCUGGGUAGUGUGUACUGGUUAGGAAUGAAGGUUUUCGCAGGAUAUAUUAUCUUGCCUCUCACUGAAUGAUCCUUUUUUUCUUCUUCUUUUUUUUUUUUUAUAUAUGAAUCUCAGCUCCUUUGUCAUAUGAAUUAACUACAACACUGUAGAUGGUAACAUGUAUUAUUUUGUGCCUGAGGUGGACAAUGCUUAAAAAAUGUUUUCUUUAAAUCUUAAUUGUGCUUUAGGAUCAUAAGUGCUUUCUGGUCUUGCACGCCUACCAUGUGCUGCUAGAAACUGUUUGUUAGUUUUUUCUCCCCGGUUUUGUUUAUACACAGACUGGCGUGCCACACAGUGAUUCAGCUUUCUGCAUCUCAAAGCCUGCCUGGUUAACACUGGACUGAUGUUCAUGCUGCCAACACAAUUGUACUUUAUUUCUCAGUGUCUUUGAAAUGGAGAAGUAGGAUUGUUUUUUUUGUUUGUUUUUUUUGUAACAGCUGUUUGCAAAUGAGCCUGUUUCUGACCAGGAAAAAAAAAAAAAAUACAUAAGCUAUUCCUUAACUUGUCAUAUGAGCGCAAAGCUAGGAAAUGCCUCUUCACCUGGACAACAUGGCAGCUUCACUGACCCAUAGCAGACUCCAGUGCCUUUAAUUUCGCCCCGGCCAGAGCAGAUGGCCUGGGUGACUAUUGGGUCUCUGGUGGGCUACAGAUAGAGGCUAACAGAGCAGACAUUACAUUGCACAGGUGCUGCCACUGAGAAGACACCAGGGCUGAGGAAGCAUAAAGACCUGUCCUCAGACUGGACUAUUUAUUAUUUACUGGAUGUGACACCACAGACACACACACACACUGAGUAGUUUACACAUGGUAGAUCACCUGCAAACAGCUUUUUAUUGUAUAGAACUGGUUACUGAACAAGGAGUUACUGUAAGUAAAACGCUCUCUUAUGACUUGUUUUCUCAUGAUCGUGAUUUGUUUUGUCAAAUGAUAUUUUCUGAAUGCUGUGACCUGUUUGAGAUUUGUAUUUGGAUGUUUUCAAGUGCCAUUUGACAGUCCAGUGAGUCGUGGCCAUCUGUAGCACGCUCUAAUGCAAGCACAAGCAUUUGGCAGUGGCAUUUGGGGAAGGUUUUUAUUUUGAUUCACCCUAGACAAAAAUAUGUAUAUAUCAAAAACUGAAAAGGUAUAUUUAUUUGUGUCUUAAUUAUUUGAUUUGUUCUUUUGGUGAACAUUUUAUCAAAUAUGUUGGCUAAAGUGCAUUUGUGAUUUAUUUUCUCUUUUUGGGAUAAUGUAUAGUAUCCGAUAUAAUAUAUACACACAAAUUUCAUGUGACUUUCCUUUUGUGUGCCGUUAAGUUUUCUUCAUAUCUUCUCAAAUUGGCAAACAAACCAAUGCGUGUAGGGUGAUUUGUAUUGUGUAUUUUACAUAAAAAACAAGGACAAUUGGGGGACUUUUAUAUUUAUAAAGACAUUAUCAUUUAGUGUGUCGUAUUGAUGAAUAUAGAAACUAUUAAAGACACAUGUAGUUUGGUUUUCUGAAUAUUUCAGAUCUCAGCUCAGGCUAGCUUCUUAGUGUUGUUUUCUUAAAAUUUGUGACAUGUCUUUGCAGUAAUAAACGUUCUCUUGUUCAAA